AUCUAUUGCGGAGUAACUUUACGUUUACCUAUAAAAAAUAACUGUUGAUUUAGUUUACCUUUGUUGCCGUUGGAGUAUGGUUAUACCAUCAGCAAGUAUUUGUUUAGUACGCGCACGCGUGGUGUGACGCAUAAAAUUUACUUCAAAAUAUUUCUUUUUGGCAAUUUGUUUAUUUAUUACUAAAUACUUUUAAUCGCGAAAAAUGAGUGAGGGUAAAAAAUUAAACUGUGUUAUUUUAUUCGAUCAAAAUGAUUUCGGCACUUACUUCACGGGCCAAACUGUAAGUGGAAAAGUGGUAAUUACAUUGGAGAAAUCGAAAAAAAUUAAAGGCAUCAAAUUACAAAUCUGCGGUUUCGGUGUCUGUCAAUGGCGCGAGAAAUAUGGACAGAAGAUAGCAAUACAGAAAAUAGAUCCGAAAGAUAGGCAUGUGUACAGUGGGCGCGAGGACUAUAUAUCAUCUACGACAUAUCUAGUUGGUUCAGAGGAUAGAAAGAAUUUCAGCAUGGAUGCCGGCACGUAUACCUACAUAUUCUCCUGUUCUAUACCGGAAAACUGUCCGUCUUCCUUUGAGGGUAGCUAUGGACAUAUACGCUAUCUCGUAAGGGUUUCAUUCAUACAAAAUGGUGCAGCCGAUCGUACACAUAAUGUCGGAUUUACAGUAUUAAGACUUUUAGAUCUAAAUCGUGAGGGCAAUUUAUUAAGGUCGCCAGCAACCAACGAUGCAAUGGAGAAUGUUUGUUUCAUGCCGUCCAAACCUGUGCAUAUGAGAGUGGAUCUGCAGCAGACGGGCUACGUACCCGGUCAGUAUGUAUUAAUAAGCGCCGACGUGGACAAUAAAUCCUCGGCAGACUGUAAAAAAAUAAUAAUAACGUUGAAUUUACGUGCCACCUACACCUCGUUUACACCCGCGUUGCAUACAGUCUCCGAGAAAAUUUGUCUUGUAAAGAAAAUCUGUGGUCCUGUGCAGCGAAACACACGAAAAGCCUUCGCUGAAACUAUACGGAUACCGGCAACGGCACCCACGUGUGAGCAUAUCAGCAAAGUUUUGCGUGUCUCCUAUGAAUUGUGUGUGACGGCAGUAAUGAGUACUCUAAUGAGCAAUCCUAAAACGGUUAUACCGAUUACAAUCGGAAAUGUACCAUUAACUACAGAUAACAUUAUUGAAGAUGAAUGGUUGGAGGAAAGGGAGGAGGCACUAAUGGGUGCCGCGGCAUCACGAAAUGUUCUCUUGGAAAAUAGUUUAGAGCAUGAAAUUGGUGCUGUUGGAGGAGUCGAUGAGGUGGACGAACUGAGUGAAGGGGAAGAGGAAAUUGAAUUACCUCCACCUACUUAUGAACAGGCUGUCUUUAUGAGCACUAAUAUCGCCGAUAACGAUGCGAACACGGUGAGUGUGGAUGCGCCAUUUACACCACGAUAUCCAGUCUUCAAUAUAGAUGAAACUCCUCAAGCCUAUACCAAUUUCGGUUUAAGUCCACCACCUAACUUACCGCCGAAGCGUCGUAGAAGACGACGCCGCCGGGCAGUUGAUGAAACAAUGACCAAAGAUUUCGUUAAAGACCAACCAACAACUGAAUCACCUAUACAGAUAUGAUUACUUGCAAAUAGUCGAAAAAAAGUUAGAAAAGAACAAAAGUGCAAUAUAUUAUUAAGUAGUGUUAUAAUUGACAACUACUAAUAUUAAUAAUUCACAUAUAAUAUAAACAAAUAUUAUAUUUACAUAUGAGAGAAGGAAGUCCUGCCCAAAAAAUUGUCCUGGAAAAUGGCACGCAAAUGAAAAUGAAAAAAAAAAAGUCGACCAAAACAGUAACUGGAAACAAGCAAUUUUCCUUACAAUAUAAGCUUGUUGUUGUAAAUUUUGAAAUUUCAAGUAGAUAAUAAGCUUAUUGCGAGUAUAUUGAUGAGUUCAUUCACCCAGUAGCGAUGAGAAUGUUUUUAAAACAAGAAGCAAAUCUGCACAAAACAACAAUAAAUAAAUAAGAGAUAAA